AUGUUUAUCUAUAUGAGUAAAAAGAUUGCAAUACCUAAACAGUCAAAUGUGUCUUGUUUAUCUUGGAAUCACUCAUCCGGAUAUAUUGCUGUGGGUGGAGAGGAUGGAAUGUUAAAAGUUUUAAAAUUAGAAUCAGGUGGUGGCGGAAACCUAUCUAUGAAUCUUAGUUUGGAAGGCCACACAGGUCAGUUGUGUGUGGCUAUAUGGAAUGAGGUUUUUCAAAAACUGACUACUAGUGAUGAGCAUGGUGUAAUUAUUGUUUGGAUGCUUUACAAGGGAUCUUGGUAUGAAGAAAUGAUAAAUAAUAGAAAUAAAUCAACUGUAAAAAGUAUGGCUUGGGGCUCUGAUGGCCAAAAAAUCUGCAUAGCUUAUGAAGAUGGUGCAGUAAUAGUUGGAUCAGUAGAUGGUUCUAGAGUGUGGGGGAAAGAUAUCAAAGGCCCUGGACUUGCUGCUGUUCAGUGGUCACCUGAUAACACACAGCUGCUAUUUGCACUGUCCAAUGGCGAACUGCAUAUUUAUGAUGAUCAAGGCAACUUUACAAUGCCCGUGGCUAUUCAAAGCAUUUCAGGAUCAAUGGACGUUGUUUCGAUGGAUUGGUACUCCGGCAACGCACCAAGUAACCGACCUGUGCUAGCAAUAUGCUACAGAAGUGGAGUUAUUUUGCUAUUAAAAAAUUGCAACGAAGAAGGUAGUGCAUUAGUAGAAACGAACAUGUCCAUUAUAGAUUGCCACUGGAACCAUAAUGGAAGCAUCCUGGCUGCUGCCGGUUGUACAGCCGACAAGACCAAUGUAGUACAGUUCUUUGGUGCAUACGGAGAGCAUAUUCGUACAUUACGCGUGCCUGGAGGUUCAAUGAGAGCAUUGUCCUGGGAGAGGAAGUCCUUGCGUCUCGCUAUCGCCAUUGAUUCUUUUAUAUAUUUUGCAAACGUUAAAAUGGACCAUAAAUAUGCUUUCUAUGGAAAUACUUUAGCGUAUGUCUCAGGGAAUGAGACUGUGACCUUUUGGGAUACUGUAACUCAUCAGUCUUGGAUAAACCACAUUCCCGACGUUAUUGACAUGUGUGGAAUUGAUGAAUAUUGUGUUAUUGCUACUCUUGGAACACUUAUUAUAUCAAAUCAGCAAGGUAUCCAGUGUGAUGCAAAAACGGUGAAUAUACCUGUUAUUUAUGUGACAAUCAACAGUAAAGCUAUUGUGGUAGCUGCAUCCAAGGAAUCAUUUAUGACCUGGAAAUUCUCUACUCCAGCCAGACCCCGUGCUUCUGACCAGCUAUACCAUGCUGAUGGGUCACCGGUGACUUCUAAUGAUGGAGGAUUUCAAGAUGAUACAAUAUGCUGUAUUGCUUCUUCCGAUAGUCACUUAUUAGUCGGAAGAGAUUCAGGCUCUAUAUUAUUAUUCUCUUUAGUGAAUUUCAAGAAAAUAACGUCGAUCAAUAUGAAUUCGAAGCCUUAUAAGUUAGGGCUUAAUUCUAAUUCCAGUAAGUUUUAUGUGAUUGAUCAACCGGGAUCUCUAUAUUUAUUGGACACCGAUAUGGCGAAUAACAUAAGCAUCGGCCAAGCUUUAAGAAAAGAUGUUUGGAGCGCCCUUUGGGCGUCUGAUAACCCACAAAUGUUAGCAGUGGCAGAGAAAGCACGACUUUAUGUAAUGAGGGACACUGAACCUGAAGAACCUCUAACUAUGCAAGGAUAUCUUUGUAAGUUUAAGGAACUGGAAAUUACUUUUGCGCUAUUAGACAACGUGGAAGACAAGUGCACGCCUCAGCAUAUUGUAAGAGUUGAAGUUAAGUCCUUGAGAGAUACACGUCAGCUGAUUGAAAAAGUCGGAUUAAAGGAAGCAGAAAAAUUUAUAAAAGAUAAUCCUCAUCCUCAAUUAUGGCUAUUACUCGCAGAAGCUGCUUUAAAGAAUUUCGAAUCUGAGUCAGCUCUAGAGACGGCGGAAGCUGCCUUUGUUAGACGAAAUGACUAUGCGGGUAUAAAAUUUGUAUCGCGACUGAACGCUUUACAUUCAAACGCACUAAAAAAGGCAGAGAUUGCCGCUUAUUUUAAAGAUUUUGAUACUGCAGAGAAGAUAUAUCAUAACGAAGAUCGGCGUGACUUGGCCAUAGCUCUUCGAAAGCGUUUAGGACAUUGGUUUCGUGUGGUAGAACUAUUAAAGAUGUCAGCGAGUACCACAGAAGCACAGGUCAAGCAAGCCUACAGUAAUAUUGGUGACUACUAUAUUGAUAGACAAAAUUGGACCGGUGCCCUGGAAUACUACUCUAUGUCAAAUAAUACAGAAGGAUUGAAAAAAUGCCACAUGGCACUUGAAGAUAACGAGAGCCUGGCCAAAUUGUUCACAGGUUCUCCAAAAGCAUCCAAGGAAUUUGGCGCUCAGAAACAAAAUGCUAUAGAUGACUCUAGCUACAAUAUCAGCAAUGAGCCUUCAAUACAAGGUAUUAUGCAAUUGAAAGAAAGUGGAAGAUUAAUACAAGCUGCAGAAAUGGCUUUUCAAUUGGCAACUUUAGAGGCGUCCAAGAAAGGAUCACCUUUGAAGAUCAAGAAAUUGUUUAUCCUGGCUGGUCAUUUAUACAGUCAAGGUGGAGUAGAAGGGGCGCGCGGGCGCGAGGCGGUGCGGUGCUGGCGGCGCGCGGCGGCGGCGCACUGGGCGGCGGCGGCGGCGGCGCGCGCGCGCUCGUGCCCGCCGCGACACGACGCCGCGCUGCGCGCCGCCGCCCGCCUCGCGCACCACCACCAUUUGCUGCACGAAGCGCAGCAGAUCCAGGUUUGGUGUACAAUAGCAUCGAUAGCUAUUCAAGCACGAGCGUUUGAACUAUGUUCAAAGGCCCUAAUCAAAUUGGAAGCAGUUGAUUCUGAUACAUUCGAAAAUUUAGCAAUUGAGAUAUUUACAAGAUUCAAACCUAAAGAUGCUAAAGGAAACCACAUCGAGUGCUCAAGUUGUGAAGUUAGUAUGCCUGAAUGGAUGUCCACUUGCCCAGGAUGUGGAACUGAGUUCCCAGAAUGCGCGGUUUCUGGACGGGCGCUAGUAGCGCUACAUACAGUGUGGACGUGCAACACAUGUGGAGCGCACGCGCAACAACAUGAACUCGUCUUACGUCACUCCUGUCCUAUGUGUCAUGCUCAACUGUCGUAA